GAUGCUGGAGUCUCUUCUGACAAAAAUUUGCCAGUUUACAGCUUCACAAACAGCCUGAAUCUCCACAAAUUCCACAAAAUAUUAGCUUCAGACAUCAGAUACCUGCAGAGAUCAUUUUUACUCCUAUUUGUCAUCACGGCCUUCAGCCCGUGUCUCUUUGUGUUUGUUUUGUAACCUUUUGUUGUGCUUUUUUUUUUGUCUUUCUGUGUUGCUUUAGCAUCCUCUGUGGUAGUCCUGGUCAGGUUCUACCAAACAUCUGGACUCCAUCUGAGCCCAACUCAUUGAUCUUCAUCUGUGUGUUCAUCUGUGAAGUCCCUCAGUCAGAUGUUUCUCUUCCUCUGUUCAGUUCUUCUCCAUGUGGAGCCAUGAUGCAGACAUAGAUAGAUCCAGUGCACAGGUCCAGGGCUGAGAACGUUCUGCUGUUCUCAUUUUAGAACCAUGUUCAUCGGUUAGACUGACUGGAAUCACAGCUGGACUCACUUUGAGUUUCUACUUUGGAGCCUGAGUUUUCAGUAACAGUUGGUUUUUGGUUCAUAAGAGGAAAUGUUUUGUCUUUAGUCAGAAAUAAUGGCGUUUUUGAGAGGUGACAGUUUAGAAUAUUCAGCAUUUAAAUUGUGUUGCACAGGACUGACGUCUGUUGUGAACUUUAGAAGCAGAUUAAACACCAGCCUCAGAGUAGUUUGUACUAAUACUGAAUAAACAGAACACUAGAGUAGAUCAAUGAAGGUGUUUUCAAACUCAAAUAACUCCACACUGACAAACCUGAACACCUUCAGGAACUUUACAUCAGUGCUGUCUCUGGAUUUUGCAAAUAUCUGAACUUUUUCUCUGAAGUUCUGAUCAGUUUGUUCCCUUUAACAACAACAAAUAAAAUGAAUGGGUAAAGUCCUCCAGUCUUUCUAUUUACAGGCAGAUUGAUCCAUCUUUAGUCCUCUAAACUCUGCCCAGCUCGUUUAUUCAGUAACCAGAAAGUCAAUAUUUAUCUGAGAGCUGCAUGGAAGUGAAAGGGCAACGAGCUGAGAGGAGCAGAUCACAGCCCUGCAGGGUGAUAAAGGAUGAUCCACUUCUGUCCUUAAUGCACCUUUAACCCAGUAAAUAACCAAAAUGCUGCUUUGUCUGAUGCCAAGGUGCCUCAUUUUCUAACAAAGUUUCUGUUUUUAAUCUUUUCCUACAGACUGUGUGUGGAUGUUUGAUUUUAAAUAAUAAUGAUGGAAUAAAUGAAUGUAAAAUCAAUAAAUUGCUGAACAGAAUUCUUGUUUAGAGAGUUGCUUUGAGGGUUGCUGUGAAUGUGUGUUUUUAUUCCAACCUGCUGUUCCUCUUUUCUUCCAGCUGGUUUUAUAUGUACAGACUGUUAAUGAGUGAGAAAUGAACCACUGCUGAUCAUAGAACUCCAUUUUCAUUGUACUUAUUUCAGAGCUGUGGUCAAACAGCUUUAAAGAGUCUCCAAGUGUUCCACCCAGUUCUGGAUGAUCUGGAGAGACUCCACUGUUCCCAGUUUCUGCUUCAUUCUAAUUGUUUGUUGAAGAAGAGAGAUUACAGUGAGACUGACCUCAGAGUAACAUGGAAGCUCUUCAGCUGCCUUAAUGAGACACUAGCGUCCGUUCUUUUCUAUUUUCUGCUCAGUGAUGUUUUUAAUGUCUUCUCUGUAGUUUACUGCUGGAACAUGAGCGCCCUCUGCUGGUCACUGCUCCAUCCUGCACCAUGUUUAACUGUAAAACUGAUUCUAUUCAGCUCGUUUUUGUUGGUCAGAGUGUUCUUUGUGUGUCACAGAGAGGACACAACCAGGACGUGUGACACCUGAGCAGCUUUCUUCACGUCUACAGGUCCUGUGACAAUUUGACCUCCAUUAAUCUUCGGCUCGUUCAGCGCGCCCCGGGUGUGGUGGAUGUUCCGGGUGUUCGGCCACAGCUCGGUGUCGGUUCUGGACGGAGGGAUGCGGGGCUGGAUGGCUGACGGCGGCCCGCUCACUGCAGAGUCCAGCCGGCCGGAGCCCACCGACUUCAGGGCGACUCUGAACCGGUCCUGGGUGAAGACCUACGAGGAGAUUCUGGAGAACAUCAGAACCAAGCGGGUCCAGGUGGUGGAUUCACGAGCAGCGGGUCGGUUCAGAGGCACCGAACCGGAACCAAGAGACGAACUCCUGCAGACCUCCAUCAUGUCGGUUCAGACUCCAGCUCUGGUCUCCACUCAGUGGCUCAUAAAUGCAGUGAAAACCAACCAGGUCGGUCCGAAGCUGCGGAUCCUGGACGCGACCUGGUUCCUGCCGAUCAUGAAGCGGGACGCCCAGGCGGAGUUUGCGCAGCAGCACAUUCCCGGUGCGUCCUACUUCGACAUCGACGCCUGCAGCGACCGGAGCUCCGGACUGGACCUGAUGUUCAUGUUACCGGAACCCAGCAGCUUCUCCCGGUACGUCUCAGAACGCGGAAUCAGCAACGACACGCACGUCGUCGUGUACGACUUCGACUCUUUCACCGCGUACCGGGUGUGGUGGAUGUUCCGGGUGUUCGGCCACAGCUCGGUGUCGGUUCUGGACGGAGGGAUGCGGGGCUGGAUGGCUGACGGCGGCCCGCUCACUGCAGAGUCCAGCCGGCCGGAGCGCACCGACUUCAGGGCGACUCUGAACCGGUCCUGGGUGAAGACCUACGAGGAGAUUCUGGAGAACAUCAGAACCAAGCGGGUCCAGGUGGUGGAUUCACGAACGGAGGGUCAGUUCAAAGGCACCGAACCGGAACUGAGACCAGGCGUCCUACCUGGACAUUUCCCUGGAACCAUCAACAUGUCGUUCAUCAGUUUCCUGGAUGACAGUGGGAAGCUGCAUGGAGCUGAGCGUCUGUCUGAGAUGUUCCAGGAGGCAGGUGUGGACCUCCAGAAGCCUCUCUGGGUUACCUGUUCUUAUGGAAUCACGGCCUGUCUGGUAGCUCUGACUGCUCACCUGCUGGGACACCCCGGGGUUUGUAUCUACGACGGGUCCUGGAGCGAGUUUUUUGCGAAAGCGUCUCCAGAGUACAUCAUCUCUGAAGGAGAAGCCAAGAAGGACUGAAGCAGCAGGAUGAUGCUGGAGUCUCUUCUGACAAAAAUUAGCCGGUUUACAGCUUCACAAAUUUCACAAAAUGUUUCCUUAACAUAUGAAGUACCUUCAGAGAUAAUUUUCACUCUUAUUUUUCAUCAUAUCCUUCACCCUGUGUGUUUGUUUUGUAACUUUUUGUUGUGUUUUUUUGUCUUUCUGUGUUGCUUUUGGACCUCCGUGCAUCACUGUCAGGACCAUGCAUUCACUGUGGUAGUCCUGGUCAGGUUCUCACCAAAAUACUGGUCUUUGUUCUUGUCCUCUGUCCAUAGAGGUUGAUGUUCUGAAGUGCCCUUUACACAGCUCUGAUUAGUGGUAUGAUGACGACUUCUCUAUAUAUAUUACCUUCUAUAUUGUUCUAAUCAGUUUGUUCCCUUUAUCAACUACAGAUAAAAUGUAUGUGCAGAAGUCCUCCAGUCUUUCUAUUUACAGGCUGAUUGUUCAUUUUAAGUGGUUUAAUCUCUGCCCAGCCCUUGAUAUGAAAUACAGUCUGUGUAUUUAUUAACCAGAAAGGCUGGUUAUGCUAGUGAGCUAAAGGGCAUCAGGCCCAGAGGUGGUGAACCCAGCCCUACAGGGUGAUAAAGGAUGAUCCACUUCUGUCCUUAAUGCACCUUUAACCCAGUAAAUAACCAAAAUGCUGCUUUGUCUGAUGCCAAGGUGCCUCAUUUUCUAAAAAAGUUUCUGUUUUUAAUCUUUUCUUACAGACUGUGUGGAUGUUUGAUUUUAAAUAAUAAUGAUGGAAUAAAUGAAUGUAAAAUCAAUAAAUCGCUGAACAGAA